AUGAAAAAUCAAACCACAGUGACCGAAUUUAUCCUCCUGGCACUUUCCAGUGACCCACAGAUGCAGAUUUUCCUCUUUCUCUUUUUUUUAGUUAUUUACCUAAUCACUCUGAGUGCUAAUAUAGUGAUCAUGGUGGUGAUAAGAGCUGAUUCUAACCUUCACACACCUAUGUAUUUCUUUCUCUUCCAUUUAUCCUUUGUUGAUAUGUGCUAUUCCUCAGUCACGGUGCCUAAAAUGCUGAUGAACUUCCUAGCAGAGCACAAAACUAUUUCUGUCAAUGGCUGCAUAGCCCAGAUGUUCCUUUUUUACCUCUCGGUUGGUGCUGAAAUUUUCAUUCUCUCAGCCAUGGCUUAUGACCGCUAUGCUGCCAUCUGUGAUCCAUUACAUUACGUGCAGACAAUGAGCAAAGGAAUCUGCGUUCAGCUGGUAAGUGGUGCAUGGACCAUGGGCUUCUUCUAUGCCCUUCUUAACACAGUUUUUGCCCUCAAGUUGCAUUUCUGUGGGCCCAAUCAAAUCAGUCAUUUCAGCUGUGAGCUCCCUCCUCUGUUACAACUGGCCUGCACUGACACCCUCACCAAUCAAGUGGUGCUUCUUACUUCUUUUGUGAUAUUUGGGUCAAGUUCCUUCUUCCUUGUGCUGAUCUCCUACAUUUACAUCAUCUCCACCAUCCUGAGGAUACGCUCUGCAGAGGGCAGACGUAAAGCCUUCUCCACCUGCAGCUCCCACCUGAUUGUAGUUGGUUUGUUGUACUUCACAGCUUUUUUCCAGUACACAAAACCCAGCACAGUCUCCUCUGUGGUUCUGGAUGAAAUGUUCUCCAUCCAGUACAGCAUCUUGACCCCCAUGUUAAACCCCAUCAUCUACAGCCUGAAAAACAAAGAGAUGAAAACAGCUCUAAGGAAUAUAUUGGGGAAAUUCAGGUUUCUCAGUUAGUGUUGAUUCUCUCAUUUUUUGAAAGUCAGAAAGCAUAGAUUUGUGGGUAACUAGUGUUUGAGACAUUCUCAGCUCAGAUAAUUGAAUGACACUUUGGGCGAAAU